AGGAGAAGUAUUUGUUGACAUGUGAUAAGAAAUAUGUAACGAAAGAGCUAUAGAGCGGCAUACACUUUUUGUGCACAUUGCUCUCCUGCUCGAUGCUCAGCUGCAGUUCUUCUGGGCUCGACCCAUUCUGGUGGCCUUACGUCCUGCAGUCAAGCAAGAGCUCAAUCGACUGCAAGCUGCUGGCGUCAUCGAGCCCAUGAAAGUUGAAGGUUGAUAAUGUCUAACAAAGCUGGAAGCAAUGCUCCCACUUAAGAACAUGUUCCUUUUUACCAUUGCUAUGACAAUUAUAGUGUUAUAUUUUGUAUGGAGCUCUCAAGGCAAGGAGUUUGGGAGACAUUAUGAUCAUCGAGAACAUGUAUUCCUGUGCCACAUGUCAUUUGAGGACAGCAGGAAUAAAAAUGUGGAUAACAUACCCACAAUUUAUUUUAUUACACCCACAUAUCCAAGGAGGGAGCAAGCAGCAGAACUUACAAGGUUAGGGCAAACAUUGAUGCAUAUACCUAACCUGCAUUGGAUUGUUGCUGAUGAUAACAUGGUUUGCAGUGCAAUGAUAACAAAACUCUUGAAAAAAUUUGGUAUUCCUUUCACCCACAUUGCAAGCCCAAUGCCAGAGGUGUAUCGCAAAGCAGAUAUUGUUCCAAGAGGUGUAGCCAAUAGACGAGCUGCACUCAGCUGGAUAAGAAAGCAUGUGAAGAAUGGUGUGAUAUAUUUUGGAGAUGAUGAUAAUACAUUUGAUUUAGAGCUCUUUGAAGAAAUUCGUGGUACGAAGCGAGUUUCAAUGUUCCCAGUUGGUCUCAUUGGUGACUAUGCAGUUAGUUCUCCUGUGUUAAGAAAGGGAAGAGUUAUAGGAUUUUUUGAUUCAUGGCCAUCCAAGAGAAAGUUUCCAGUAGACAUGGCUGGAUUUGCUGUGAAUGUUGAGUUUUUAUUGGAACAUCCAAAUGCAACCAUGCCAUACAAAGCUGGAUAUGAAGAGGACCACUUUCUUCGAAGUCUUCACUUAAAAUUGGAGGAUAUCGAACCAAAAGGAAACUCGUGCACUCAGAAAAUGGGCAUACUUCUGACUUUUUGUAUGCUGCUGGGUUCUUGUGUGGCAUACACAGACUACGAAGAAAUCCCGAUCUGUGAUAAAAAUUGGAAGCUAUCUCGAUACAAACUUGAAACUACUACUAGAGGAACUUCGUUAUCUUGGAAUGGGUGAUGUUAGUUCAACAAAAGGGGCAGCAGCCUACUUAACAAAGGAUGGGCACACACAGACGAUAUAACCAUUCCUAAUGUGUUUGCUAACUUUUGACACAUUAUCUGCACAAAGUUAUGACUGUAAUAACACUCUGUUGCAGUCUUAUAUCAUAAAUAGUGGCUCAAUCUAGAACUUGUCAUUUAAUGUAGUGGUAGACAAUAUUUAUGAUUAAAUAGGAUGACAUUCUCAUCGAUUGAAGUAUGGUACUGAAUUUGUACAAAUAUUAUUUAUUAAAAAGAAGUAGAUUUAUUCCAGUUUAGAUAUUUGAAAUGGGUGAUAAAUUAAGUAAUUAUAAGAUUUUUGAGAAUUCAGAAUAUUUCAUAUAUCUGAUUUUGAUCGUUUUUCUAGUCAUACAUUUCAGCGGCAAGGAGUUCUGAUAAAGAUAUUGUUCAUUGGUAGUCAUGCUUUUGCUGAGAGAUCUGCCGACCUAUUUCAUAAGAAAAUAUAGUGAUUAACUAUAGCUGCAAUAUUAAACUUCACAAAGACAUUUGAGAUUAUAUAUUUUAAGUAGACUGUUAAGUUAAUUUAGCUUUUGGUGCAACUUUUAUCUUUCAUAGGCAUUUGGGGUAAAAAAGAAAAAGAAAUAUAUUUCUGUGUGAGUCAAUUCAUACAACAUUUACAGUGGGAUGAUAAACAUAGAAAUCAGAAUUAAAGGAGUUAACACGGAGUUUACAUCUGUCCUUGUAUUGCAUAAAUAUUAAGUUUAAUAGUUCCACACAAGAACAUAGAACAAAACGUUGGCAACAAUAUCAGACAUCAUACCAGGAUUUAUCAUAACUGUGUAAGGGGAAACACAGUAUUUUUCAAUCAGGUAUGGAAUAUCAACUAAAACAAUAGUAUUUUCUCUUUAAACAUUGUGUGAAAACAUGUCUCUGUUUGCAGUGCCUCACAAGUUCCUGCAUCUACUUAAUGAUUGUAUGAUUAAAGCACAGUCAGGAUUUCUAUGUCCUUACACCAUUAAAUUAGGAUUAAACUAUUUAUUUUUAUGUACAUUUAGUUUUAUAGCUCUUAUUAUUGAAGCUUUAAUACUGUUUGCAAUACAGUUGGUUAUUGAUACACCCAGGACUUGGGAUUUGAAAGAGAUAACUACUUCACUUAGCUUUCAGGAAAAGCAUUUAGUCUUCAUUUUGAGGUUUAGAAAUAGGGUCUCAUUACCAUUCUGCAAGAAUUAAGAAACACAUAUUUGUAUUGUGUAUAAAUAAUGUAAUUUAAUAUCCUGACAAAGACAAGGUAAAACUUGGGUGGGAUGAUGUCUUAAUGGUAGGGAAACAAAACUAUAUUUCUAUGUUGAAUGCAAUAUCGUAUGUUG